AUGAGCUUUUUUGGACAGGGGAACAAUAGCUCGACGACAGGAAACACAACUGGCAGCGGAUUCUUUGGCCAGCCGCCGGCCGGACAGGCAGGGCAGACCGGGACCACUGGUGGAAGCUUGUUUGGUGGUAGCUCAGCCUUUGGUGGUGCAAAUACCACUGGCAGUCUAUUUGGUGCAACGAACAACUCUACUAAUACAACUGCUCCCGGUGGUGGUCUUUUUGGCCAGACGAACACCACGGCGCCCGCCACGGGUGGAUCUCUCUUUGGUUCCACUGCGCCUGCCAGCAACACCCCUGCAUCCGGAGGGGGGCUUUUUGGCGCUUCAUCUGCAAACUCUGCUACGCCCGCCGCUGGAGGCGGAUUGUUUGGCUCCACCAACACAUCAGCAACACCCGCUGCUGGCUCGACCACAGGUGGAUUGUUUGGAGGUGGUGGGACCACUGGAACAAGUCUGUUCGGCAACAAUGCAUCGUCCGGUACGAGUGGAACGUCAGCAACGGGAGCAACAGGGAAUAGUCUCUUUGGAGGAGGGUCUACCGGAGCAGGGUUAUUUGGCGCGAAACCCGCCAAUCCUGCGCCGUCUAGCACUGCACCUGCGGCGGGCACGACGGGCACUCCCUCGCUAUUUGGAAACACUACAGGAUCUGCGCCCAGUAGUGGCUUAUUUGGCUCCACGGGGACGACGGGCUCGACGACGACACCUGCAGCAAGUGGAGGUUCGCUAUUCGGCAAUGCUGCGCCUUCUGGUGGGUUCUUUGGAAACAAGCCCGCAGCGCAGAUGGGGACAACUACAACGCCUGCUGCGCCUUCUGGUGGACUAUUCGGUACCUCGGCCGCCGGCGCGUCAACUGGCACUACUGGCAGCACGACAGCCCCGGCCGCGCCCUCCAAUAGUCUGUUCGGUCUGCCACCCAAACCUGCCGACCCACAGGGAACGACUGCAGCAACUGCUGCGGGUACUGCGGGUACGACUGGCACGACAGGAACGACCAGCGCCGCGUCAUCUGGGAAUCUGUUCAGUGGAAGUCUGUUCGGCGCAAAACCGGCUACGCCGGCAGCUGGUGCGACCGGCGCAACCGGAACGACCUCUGCACCUACUGGCUCUACAACGACAGGAACCACGGGAGCCACGACAACACCUUCACUCUUUAGUCUCGGUGGCAACAAGCCAGACGAGAAGAAGGACGAGAAGAAAGAUGGUGCUGCAGCUCCCGCACCAGUGUCGUCUUUCAAUCUCUUCGGAUCCAAGCCGGACGACAAGAAGCCCAGCUCAACCCCUGCAUCUGGAGCAUCUACGACCACGGCACCCACUCUAGGAAUCACGACCGCUACUGGUACUGCAGGCGGAUCAAUGUCAAAUGCGACCACAACAACGGCGGUGGCACCUCCUUCAGCAUUACGAGGGAAGAACGUCGAGGAGAUUGUCAACAAGUGGUCACAGGACCUUGAGACACAUGUUCGGGAAUUCAACAAGUUCGCUAGCGAAGUCCACGUUUGGGAUCGUGCCCUCAUUGAGAACGGCAACAACAUCCAACGCUUGUACACCAUCGUGCUCGCAGCAGAGCGAGAGCAAAACGACAUCGACCAAUCGCUCGACCACAUCGAGCAACAACAAAAAGACCUCGCUGCCACCCUUGACGCAUACGAGAAGUCAACCGAAGAGAUUUUAGGAGGACAGGGUGGCAACCUCCGGGCGCUCGAUACUGGGCCCGCAGACACUGAGCGCGACAAGAACUACAUGCUCGCAACGGAGCUGCACGGGCAUCUGGACGACCUCUCUGGCUCGCUUAUGCAGAUGAUCGAAUCCGUCAACGCGCUUUCGCUCCCUUCCAGCGGUGCCAAUGGCCAAGGCCAGGAUGGGGCCGAUGACCCCAUGGGCCAAAUCGCCCAGAUCCUCAGCAGUCACCUCGAGAGCUUGCAGUGGAUUGAUGGAGCGGUCCGCGAGCUUGACACGAAGAUCACGGACAUCGAGCGGGGCGUGAAGGCGAGGACGGGAGGGGGCAGCCUCCUAGGGUCAAGUACGAAGUCGAGGGGCUACGGCCUACGAUGAGCCCCUUCAGCGUCCAUCGUCAAGUGCCUUGCGCUUCCCUGAUCAUGCGGUGUAUGCUACUGUACGCUAUGACGAAUUCAACAGCGAUCUAGAAUCCUUUCUCCAUAGUCGCCGACGGGAGCCCGGGUCUGGAGCACGGAAAGAGUUCGUUCAAUUGGCUUGACGCAUCGCCGUUCACAUCCC